AUGUCAAAGGAAUCUAAUCCAUCCUCAUGUUUCUUGCAGUACUACUUUGACCCAGUUUCAGGUCGUCGAUUCCGGUCUAAGAUUGAGGUUCUUUACUUUCUGGAAACAGGAACAUUAAGGAAACGUAAGAAAUCGUUAGAUGGUAAUGGGAUGUCUGCUGACGGCCCCGAAGAACCCAAGAACAAAAAAUCUUCCAACAAUGCUAAAUCUGCUCCUUUAAACUUUGAUUUCUUCAAUGUGCCUGAAAAGGUUGAGUGGGUUCUCACAGACCCUUCUCAGGAGGCUUGGACGCCGUUCAUCAACAACGAGAAAGUACCCCAAUCUACUAAACGCGAAUGGGUAGCAGCAUUUAAACUCCUCAGCCGAUCAAAAGCUUGAGGUUUGAAGGCAAUUUCAUCCCUUUUGGACACUGUUUGGGAUACCCAUUCAGGUCAGAACCGUCCUCCCUCCCUCUAAUGGCUUCCUAUCUCCAAUUCUUUUGGUCUUUUUUUUGGAUGGAGCAGGUGAGGUUGAGGGGGAAGUGUUGUCAAAACCAGAUUUGGUUAGAAAAAAAACAUGAAUCUAUCGAACUGACUAUGUCUUGGACUGUGAAGAAGUGAUCAAUUUGUGUAGACGAGGGGCGGCUGAGUUCAUUAUGAAUCAAAUGUAUUUGAACGAGGAGCUAUUUCAUUUUGGUUCUUAUGGUAUUGCUCUUCAUUUUGAUAUAGAUCUGGAUUUGUUUUAUGAUUCAAUGUUCAUAAUUUUGUGGUGAUAA